AUGGUGAAACGUGAUGAGAAGGCUCCCUCCGUUCCUCCCCUGGCCUCGGAGGAGCUACUGCUGCUGGAGCUGCUUCUCCGUCUGCUUCCACAGCUGAAGCUGCAGAUCACGCAUCAAACAUCCAGGUCCCCCCAAGUGAAAGUACCGAUUUAUCAGAAGACUUUUCCUCAAGACAUCUACGCUGCGCUGAGAGAGAUGACCGCCUCGUUGGUUCAACUGAAGGCUGACAUGAGAUUCCUGCAGACUCAAGAACCAGCAGCACAGCAGAAGACUGAAGUGGACAAGCUGAAGCAACAACAGCUAGAACAAGCAGCACAGCAGAAGACUGAAGUGGACAACCUGAAGCAACAACAGCUAGAACAAGCAGCACAGCUGAAGACUGAAGUGGACAAGCUGAAACAACAACUUCAAGAACAAGCAGCACAGCAGAAGACUGAAGUGGACAAGCUGAAGACUGAAGUCGACAAGCAGAAGACUGAAGUGGAGAAGCUGAAGACUGAACUGGAGAAGCUGAAUAAACAACAGCUAGAACAAGCAGCACAGCAGAAGACUGAAGUGGACAAGCAGAAGACUGAAGUGGACAAGCAGAAGACUGAAGUGGACAAGUUGAAACAACAACAGCUAGAACAAGCAGCACAGCAGAAGACUGAAGUGGACAAGCUGAAGCAACAACAGAUAGAACAAGCAGCACAGCUGAAGACUGAAGUGGACAAGCUGAAACAACAACAGCUAGAACAAGCAGCACAGCAGAAGACUGAAGUGGACAAGCUGAAGACUGAAGUGGACAAGCUGAAGCAACAACUGCAAGUCCGACAGGUUGCAUUCUCAGCCUCUCUGGUGGUUGCAGGCAUAUCACGUAUUGGACCCGUUCCCUCGGAGACUACCCUGAUCUACAAAUACGUCCCCACCAACAUUGGAAAUGCCUACAACUCAAACUCAGGUGUGUUCACUGCCCCGGUGAGAGGAGCGUACCACUUUGAGUGGCAUUUCAAUGGAGACACCAGCCAGGGUUCAGCUGGUUGGUUGGUCAAGAAGUCAGAGAAAGUUUUCGCGGUAUUCGAGCAGCAGGGGACCGGUUUUAUGAGUGCUUCUAAUGGUGUUACUCUGUUGCUGGAGGUGGGAGACGUCGUGUUUGUGCGUCUGACGGCUGGCAGUGUGGUGUUUGACAACUUCAAUCACCACACCACCUUCAGUGGUCAUCUGCUGUUCACCAUGUAAGACAGAAACAGCAGCUCUGUGAUAGUCACACAGGUUGUUGUUGUCUUAAACAAGUCUUCAUAGCUCUUCAUAGAUUUGAUCUGAUUUCAUCUGCAUCCAAAUAAUAAUAAGUAAUAAUUGUAGACAGGGAUCUUUUUUCCUUCAAAU